CAGCUCAACUGUUUGUUAUUCGUGCACUUGUUCCUCCUGAGGCAUCCGCACUGUCUCUACCUUUUAGUGGAAGCUGUUGAGAGAUAUAACCUCUCUUGCCUGGAAAUAAAGUUGCUUUCGGUGCGCACUGCUGCCAUUUCUUCAACGCUGGGGAAUCUGUCUGAGGGUUUGUGAGUCAGCAAAGUGCUUUUCAGACACUAAUAAUAAAGCUCUGGGGAGAGUAUUUCCCCCCCGGCCUCCCAUGGCCUCCCUGCCUGCUUCUGCAGUCCAGGCAUGACCGUCACCCCUAGAAAACACUCUUCUCAGGCUGGUUCCUCCACUAACAAGGACUCAAGUAUUAGGUCCGGUCCAGUGCAGAUGGAUGAGGUCGUAGCCCUGCGGUUCAAGCCCUCCCCUGAGGAAUCGGUGUCACUGGCUCCCUCCUUGGAGUCCAUCAAUCUAGAAGAUUCCCAUUAUGCUCAACUGCGUGUCGACCUUGAGUGUGACGCCCAGAACCUGGAGGCGGAGUCGUGGAGUGUGGCUGUGGACCAGAACUACCUGAAGGCCCUGAACAAAGAGGCUGUUGAAAGACAGGACGUCAUCUAUGAGUUGAUCCAGACGGAGAUGCACCAUGUACGCACCUUAAAAAUCCUUCUCUAUGUCUACAUGCAUGAGUUGGGGAAGUCUUUGCUAAUAGAGGAGAACAAGCUGGAGGGGCUCUUCCUGGGGGUGGCUGAACUGCUCACCCUCCACCAGCGCUUCCUUAACUGCCUCAAAGUGCACCAAAACCAAAGUCAGGAAGGAAGCCCAAACGACUACCAGAUCACACAACUGGGGGAUAUUCUCAUCUCUCAGUUUUCAGGUGCAUGGGGAGAAGGAAUGAUCAAGUGUUACAGUGUUUUCUGCAGUCAUCACACUGAAGCCACCAGCUUUUACAAAGAGCAGCUGCAGAACAACAAGAAACUGCAAAUCCUUAAUAGGAAAAUAGGUCAGCUGCCCUUAGUGCGAAGGUUGGGAAUCCCAGAGUGUUUUCUGUUGGUGGCUCAACGCAUUACAAAAUAUCCCAUCCUGGUGGAGCGAAUCAUACAGAACACUAAAGCUGACACGGAUGAGUACAACUCUCUGGUACAGGGUUUGGAGCUGAUCAAAGAGACCAUCUCCCAGGUGAACAAUUGUGUAUGUGAAUAUGAGAAAGCUGCUCGUCUGAACGAGAUCGGCCUGCGACUGGAGCCGAAAUCUCAUGGCCGGCUGAAGGACGGCCAGCUGUUCCGCAAGGAGGAUCUGCUCAAGGAAGACAAGACGCUGCUGUAUGAAGGCAUCGUCACCUGGAAAUCUUCCAGUAGACAAAAAGACAUCCAUGCUGUGCUGCUGUCAGAUGUACUGCUCCUCUUACAAGAGAAAGAUCAGAAGCUUGUGUUUGCUGCUGUGGAUAACAAACCACCAGUGAUUUCCCUUCAAAGGCUGAUAGUUAGGGAAGUGGCUCAUGAGGACAAAGCCAUGUACCUUAUUUGUGCAUGCACCGACAGCAUGCCGGAGAUGUACGAGAUCCACACAGGCUCCAAAGAGGAAUGCAUCACAUGGAUGGGGCAGAUAAGGGAAGCUGUGAACCGCUAUCCAGAAGAGGAGCAGUACCGCAAACUGACUGCUAGACUGCAACAAUUUUAUGAUAUUCUAAAGACUAUGGAUGAUCAAAUAAUGCAAUGUCUGAUGGAUAAACAGCAGAUCUUUGCUUCUCUCUACGAGACUGUGAUGGAGCAGGAAACCCCCCACAAAGGUCUGCUGCUCCGAGGAGACGCCACUGACCUCCAGCAGGGGGAGACACUGCUCAAAGGAGCCCUCAAUGAGGUGGAAUACCUGCAGACCCUGCUCUUCUCAAAGAUAAAAGACCCAAACCUUCUUAUGGAUGAGAGUCAGAUGCAGGGGGGGCUGCUCAUGAUGGCCGAGGCCUUUGGAGUGGCCGACAGUAAUCUUGCUACAAGUACCUUGAAAACUGGAGAUGCAGCUGAGAGGCCAGGUUCCAGCGAGGGCAGUCCACACUACAGCAGUCACACCACUAGUGACCCUCAGCCUGAGGUGGUGUACCACUCUGAGAGCCUGGAACAGUCUGCUGAUGACGACACAACGAUGCCAAACUGCAAUUUAACCUCCAGUCAUAUCCCUGAGUUGUAUGACAGGGUGAUACUGCUUGCACAGAGACUGUACAGCUUACAAGCAGUCAUUGCCCAGCAGGACAGCCGGAUUGAGCUGCAGCACACUUUUCAGUCAAAGAGCAAGCAGCCCGCUCGUCAUUACAGCAGCGAACUGCUCGAGCAGGAGAAGCAGCGCAGCUUGGAGAAGCAGAAGGAAGAAGUUAUCAACAUGCACAAGAUGCAGGCCCAGUAUCGAGAGGAGCAGCAGCGCUGGGAGAAGGAUAGGGAGCGGCAGAAGGUGCAGAUCGAGACACUGGAGGCUCAGCUGCAACAGAGGGAGGAGGAGUGCCGAAAGUGGGAGGAGAAGCUCAGUCAAGAGAAGGCAGAGCUGGAGGAGCUGAAGAAAAACUAUCAGCAAGACCUGGAGAGGCUGAGGGAGUCUACAAAAUCCGUAGACAAGGACAAGGAGCGUCUAAAUCAAGAGAGGGUGCGGCUGGAGCAGCUGCAGGAGAAAAUAAAGAAGAACAUCCCAAACCCAGGAUACCCCAACUAUGAUGAUUCUUCUAAACACUGGAGUCUGGCCAGUUACCAGUCGUUCAGUGGAAGAAUAGUGAACGGGGGUGGGACCUUACCUCCAAAGAUCCAGGUCUUGCCCCCCAUCGCAGACUCCACGGAAGUUCCUCCAAAGGUUCCACUGCGCAAAGAGAGCAUGAUUCAAAAGCCAGCCAGCAAGUCCGAGCUGCCCAUCCAACUGAUCAGCACCACCAACCAGGUGCACAAGCCUGUGCCCGUGCAGCAGCAGAUCCCAGCCAAGCUGGCUGUUCAGCCCAAGGGAAAGGAGAAGGGCCACAAGCCGAAGCGUACCCACCAGAGAACUCACAGCGCAGCCAAUAUAGACGUGAACCAGGUGCUACCUAUCCGAGUGACUGGGAAAGAAGGAGGCAGUCUGAGAGCCAAAAGGAACGGAGGUCAUCAGAGCGUCUACAAGUCGGGUGCCUUCAACCCACUGGAAUCUCCCCGGAAUGUGAAACCAUCUCAGUCCUUCAGCGCACACAAGGCAAGCAGGAGCGAAGAUCCACCACCGGUGCCGCCUCCUUUUCCCAAAGAUAUUCUCAAAACAGGCAAACAGAAGGUAGUACUCCUUUAAUCCUAAACUACAGACUGGAGUUGGAAUGAGGCCUUGUCAAUCAUAAAGACCUACAUGGAAAGUUGGGAGACAUUGGACAUGAUUUCAUGAUGUCCAUGUAUGUCCAGCAUGAAGAAGGCUGUCACUGUUAUGGAAUUUUAUCACUGGAAACAAACAGCUCUCUGCAAAUUAGCUAAACUUGUUAGCUGAAGUUGUUCAAAAAAUGUAUAAAGCUCUGCCCAUUUGCCCAUUGGGAAAGAUAAUAUUUUAAAUGAACAUGUUGCAAAAACAAAAGACUUUACCAAAGACUUUUAUGGGAAGUUUUUAAAAAAAAUUAAUUUUUUAUUUUAAAUGAAAGUAGGUUAUCUUUAACAGUUUAGCACUCAUGUCCUAACUCUUAAUCUUUCUUUUUAAUUUAAGAAUUGAUCUUGACGCUGUGUAUUUGCCAAAUAACCUUUAAAUUUGUACUAUGGUCCUCAGUAUGUGUUGUAAUGAACACUUAAUUGGGUGUGUGAACUACAUUUUGACUGUAAGCUUUUUAUUUGUAAAUACUAUCAGCUGUUUUCUGCUCUUCAUGACUGGAGAAAGUGACACGACACAAUAUUAGCAGUUUUGCCUCAGACCGACAGCUUUGAAAAUAUAACAUAAGUGUCAUUUAAAUAAUGUUAUGGCAUAAUUUAACAAAUUUUCAGAUUGACCACUAUCACCUUUUUGGUUCCAUGUAAAACUUCAUGAAGGAAUAAAAAUAUGGUUGACAGCA